AUGUCCUCAAUCGCUGCCAUGGCUACUCGCCGGGCUCUCGUCCGCCAGCCCGCUUUCCGUGCUCCCUCGCGCCGCUUUAUGUCCUCCAAGGUUGAGGAGGCCAGUCUCGACAAGGCUCCCAAGCGUGACCCCGAGCUUUACGUUCUGCUUGGUGUUAUGUCUGGUGCUUUCCUGGUCGCCGGCUGGUACUUUGGCUCCAAGCCUACUUCCGUCACCUCCGAGAGCAAUGUUCGCAUUGGUGAGAGUGCCAUGCCCUGGCACGGUGCCUCUGAGGAUGGAAAGAUCUACAAAUAUCAGUACCACCCUCACGGUGACAAGAACCAGCCUCUGCGUGCUGCUCCUAGCGCUAUGAACACUGUCAUUGUUCCCAAUGUCACACUUCCUGAGGACCUUCAUGAGAAAUUCAACAAGUACGGCAAGGAGGAGUGGGAUUAUUGA